AUGGCCCCUAUAGAUCCUGGAUCUGAUGGUGUUUCGCAUUAUGAAAUCCUUCAUCUCCCGCACCCCCCAGUUUCUCUGAGGAAACAGGACAUCAGAGCCGCAUAUCACCGCGCGUUACUCCAAUAUCACCCUGAUAAAUCUGGCUCGUCGACACCGUCGUCUCCCGGGGAGAAGGCAGGCAAACCACAAACCUUGAGUGGCGAUCUACAUACCCCUAAACUCGCGGCAUUUCGCACCGUUGACCAAAUUACAACGGCCUAUAAGGUCCUCUCCAACCCCGCAGCAAAAGCAGAGUACGAUAAACUGCUACUGCUAUCAGGGUUCCGGAAGCCCAGUGCGACUGCUGGCGGAAAUGAGGAUGAUGAUCUAGUAUUCCGCACUGGCCUAGAGGUUCUUGACCUUGAUGACAUGGCGAUGGAAACCGUUAUCUCGCAGUCGGGUGGGGAGGGGGAACAGAAUACGACAGAGACGUGGUAUCAAGGGUGUCGAUGUGGUGACGAGAAAGGGUUCAUGGUGACCGAGGAAGAUCUGGAGAAAGAGGUCGAGAAGGGAGAGGUUAUAAUUGGAUGUCGAGGAUGUAGCUUGUGGGCAAAAGUGGUGUUUGCAGUCCAUGAAGAUGUGGAUGGGUGA